ACGUGAAAUGAGCGAAUCUAGCCUUGAUGGCCCAGACGAACAUAACCCCUAAAAGUGAAAAAAUUAUAGUGGAAAUUUUAGAUAUGAUCUCUCACUAUUCUGAGAUGUAGGCAUUAGUUUUGGCGUGAGAUUUUAGCAGUUUUGACAGUGUUUUGGACGGAGAGUGCAGCUAAGAUGGGGUCCGUGAAGGAAAUAGUGGAGCACUACCAGAAGAGCAUCGACAAGACUCGAGACAAAAAACGGCUGCUGCACUGCAUAGAGAAGCUGUACAAGCUCCCCAUCACUAUAGAGCACUUGCAGGAAACGGGCAUUGGGAAAACUGUGAACAACUUGCGGAAAGAGGAGGGGGAGGUGAAGGUGGCUGCCAGGGCGCUCGUGGCGAAAUGGAAGGCCAUGGUGGCGCAGGCGGAGCUCGACAGUGCGGCAAAUGACGACAGGGAGUCGCACAGGGACUCCAAUUCUGACCACGAGCCCGAGCCCCCGGCAGUGGAGAGGGAAGAGGCCAGCGCGCAGGUUGAGGAGAAGGAAAAGUCUGAGAGUGGGAAGAAGAAGGAGCAUCACAAAUCUCACAAGAAAAGCAGUCAUCACAGGUCGCAUUCACACAAGAGCGACCACAGGGAGCAUAAGAGGGAGGAGAGACACAAAGACAGGUCCAAGGAGAAGGUCAGAGAGCACAGACACUCGUCGAAGAAGGACGCGCCGGAGAAGCCUAGAAAGGUGAAACCAGCGCAGAGCGGCGACUCUGACGAUAGCAUUGAUAACUCGAAAGGGGCGAGCUUCGCCGAUGUACUCUCAAUGAUACCGGACGUACCGUCGCGGAAGAGUGGCCAGAAGAGGCACAAGCCCACAGAGACGCCAGUAAAGUCCACAGCGACCACCUCGACAGGCGACACGGAGGAGAGCAGUCCCAAGAGGAAGAAGUCAGAGGUGAAAGUUGCAGUUGUGCGGCCUUUGGCGCCGCCAGAGAUGCUGAAGAGUCCCGAGAAGCUCGCUCCACUUGAUCCGGAGAUCAUCAAAGGGGAUAAUAUUGAAUUGCCGCAGAUCACAAUGCCACAGAUCAGCAACAACUACCGGCCGAUGCCGCUGAAUCCCGCGGUAAUGGAGUGCGUCUUCCCCUCGAGCAGUAAGCAGAAAGCGCCCGCGGCGACAUUCCACAUGACUGACGAGGAGGCCAUGGGCACGAGCAUGCAGUCUAAGAACCAGCGUACGAAGGUGUACUCCGGCGUGAAGACGGGCGCCGUCAUGAACGUCCCCACACUGCAUGAGUUGUGCAUUCGCGUGUUACAGCGCAACAUUGACGCGCUGGAGUACACGGGCGGUGUUCCCUUCGAGAUCCUGAAGCCCGUGAUUGAGCGUGCGACGCCAGAGCAGUUGUUCACUUUCGAACACUACAACCCCUACCUCAUGGAGGACACCGACGAGCUGUGGCAGCAGCACUGCAAGAGGCGCUUCAAGGCAGAGAAGAGGCGAGAGAUGGAAUCGUGGCGAGAAAUGUACUUGCGCUGCUUUGACGAACAAGAGGCCAGAUUCAACAGUCUCACGCAGAACAUUAAGCAAUCACUCUCGACUUCGGUGCCAGUGAGGAAGACGCAGCUCGCGUAUGUGGACAGCAUUGUGAAGCCGCCAAGGAAUGUGUUGCGCAAGCAGAAUCAGUUCGGCACGCGUCAGAAGAUCAGCGCCACUCCGGCUGCCCGCGUGGCAGCGCUCAGUGGCAUCAGCAAGAAUGCAGCCAAGGCUGGAGACGCUCGACUGCGAGUGGCGGCCGCAAAUCGGGAGUACGAUCCGGCCAGUAGUACUUCAGCGGUGAAACCAAAACGAGCGCCUCUCAUGCAGAAGUCCCUGAUGCUCUUCAAGGGGCGCUUGAAGAAGUAGAGUCUUCAUUGUUAAUCACUCUAAAUUAAUUACUUUU